AUGGAGAAGGAGGAGAGCUUCGCAGCCCCUCCACCCAUGGCAGAGCUGGGCAAUUACAAGGGCGUGAUGCUCUGCAACCGCCCAACGGCUGGCGAUACGCUGAAGCCGGAGGCAUCGGUAAGGCCCUUUCGCUCCGCCAUCCCUGCGACUGUUGGGGAGCCGCUUGGCCUCCACCGAAAGCGGCCUGAGGCCGUGCCUGGAGAGGUGAAGAGCAGGGGGCCCAGUGCCGCGCUGCGGCGGCACUGUCGUUGGGUGAAGGAGCUGCAGCAGCAGGUGGCGCAGGAUGCAGCCUUUGCGGAGCGAUCCGAACGGGAUCGUGAGCUCAAACAGCAGCGCCUCAAAGAGGUCUUCCAAAAGCAACGUGAAGCCAUCCGUCUGCUAAAGCUUGGUGAUGCGCGUGCGGAGGAACUCACAUCGGCCUUGAACCCGAAGGCAAAGCUGAAGCCGUUGUGGGCCUUGACUGAGGGCGAACGAGAGGACCAGGAGGAGCAGGCCGCCGGGGAGCUCAUCAACUUUGCGGAAGCACUUGACUACGACGAGUACAUCCAUGACCUCGAGUUCCGGGAGUGUUUGCUGGCCAUCACGGACCGGGCCAAAAAGCUGCAGCGCGAGCAGCAGAGCUUCAAGGAGUCGCUCUUGAAAGAGUUUCAAGCCGAUGAGGGUGAUGAGGCGCCGACAUGCGCCGACGCGUGCCGACAUGCGCCGCCGCGCCUCCUGCUUCCUAGCACAUGCAUAAAAGUGUGUAAAAGACGGUUGUUGCGGAGAUUUGCGGCGAUUUGCGGAGCAAAUUGGAGAGGCCGGCUCGCAGGCGGGCUUCGCAGGCGCAGGCAACAGCGAGAAAGCGCCGAGCGAGAAGAGCGAGCUUCUGCGGCCAGCCUGGGUCGGGUCCCAAGAAAAGUACAAUAG